UUUAAUAUUAUUAUUGUUUUUUAAAUAAAAUCAUCACUUGAGAAGAUGGUAUUAACGAAGGAAUAUCGCGUCUGUAUGCCACUCACCGUGGAGGAGUACAAAAUCGGACAGCUUUAUAUGAUUGCGCGCCAUAGCCUCGAACAGUCCGACGAGGGCGAGGGCGUCGAGGUAAUUGAGAACAAACCGUGCGAGGAUCCCGUCCAUGGCACCGGCCAGUACACAGAGAAACGCAUCCAUUUGUCCAGUCGUCUUCCAUACUGGAUACAGGCAAUUUGUCCACGCGUUUUCUAUGUGACAGAAAAGUCCUGGAACUAUUAUCCCUACACGCUAACAGAAUACACGUGUUCCUUUAUACCUAAGCUCAAUGUGCUAAUCAAGACCAAAUAUGAGAAUAACAAUGGCAGCACAGAAAACUGCUUGGAUCUCAGCGAGGAUGAAUUGAAGGUGCGUACUGUGGAUCAUUUGGACAUUGCCUUCGACGAGCUCAAUGCCAAGCAUUACAAACGCGAUGAGGACCCCAAGUUUUUCAAGUCACAAAAAACCAAUCGCGGUCCACUCGUUGAGGGGUGGCGUGAAACUGACACGCCCAUCAUGUGCUCCUAUAAAGUGGUCCAUGCCAGCUUCGAGGUCUGGGGAUUUCAAACGAAAGUGGAGGAUUUCAUUCAGCGGGGAAUUCGGGAGAUUCUGCUGCUAGGACAUCGUCAGGCCUUUGCCUGGGUGGAUGAGUGGCACGGCUGGACGCUGGAGGAUGUGCGCUCGUACGAGCGACAAAAGCAGGCCGAAACCAAUGAGAAGGUUCAAUUCGCGAGCAAGGAUACCGAGGUGGAUGCCAAUGGUAGCAGCACUCCAACGCACGAAUCGGUCUCUUAAGAUCAAAUGUUUAGGUUGAAAUUUUGUGAAUGUUAUACCAAAUUGAAAGGCCAAUCAGGGCGGGCAGACAGUUUUAGUGCUUAGCUCAAAUAAGAUAACUAGAACGAGGGGGGCAUCGAAUGGCGAGCUUAUCAAAUUUCUCAAGUCAUAGCCAUAAGAAUGUUACAUAUACAUAUUUUAAAUGCAUUUCAUAUGGUCCAAAUAAGCUCAAGAUUCUGUAACUAAAACCAAUAUGGGCACUACUUGACACCAAAAACGAAAGAAAAACAAAACAUAACAAUCAACAAACUAUUUAAUAGACAACUUAACUACCUAGGCAUCUGUAAGAAGAUGUUUGCAUAUAUGUUUUAGAUGUAUAUGUGUGUGGAGCACAAUUUUUGGUGUUUUGUUAACUAUUUUCCAUAGUUAUUAUAAACAUAUGCGCUUGGCAGAAGCUUUAGAACAAAAUGCGAUGUUGACAUUGAUGUACAAAAUGCAAAAAGAACAUGAAUUAAACAAUAUUUAAAUAA